AUGGUCUAUUAUUGUUGCAGAUCAUGAGGGAGACUUUGAUAUAUUUGUCACAUCUUGAUCACGAGGACACGGAAAAGCUGAUGCUAAAGAAGCUAAGCAAAAAAUUAAGUGGCGAGGAUUGGAAUUGGAACAACUUAAACACAUUAUGUUGGGCAAUAGGGUCUAUAUCUGGUUCGAUGAUGGAAGAACAGGAGAACAGAUUUUUGGUUAUGGUCAUUCGUGACUUGCUGAAUUUAUGCGAACUCACGAAAGGGAAGGAUAACAAAGCUGUCAUCGCAAGUAACAUUAUGUAUGUUGUUGGACAGUACCCGAGGUUUCUAAGAGCUCACUGGAAGUUCCUAAAAACUGUUGUGAACAAAUUGUUUGAGUUCAUGCAUGAGACACAUCCUGGUGUUCAGGAUAUGGCCUGUGACACAUUCUUGAAGAUUGUUCAGAAGUGCAAACGGAAAUUUGUAAUUGUUCAGGUAACAAUUACUUUGAGAAACUCACAUUUUUUAUUUGAAUUCCGGCUGUUGGUCAUAUGA